AUGCCUUCCAAAGGUUCCUUUUUGACAUCGGCCACUUUCACUACAGGCAGUGGUACCUUGCAGGAGAGUCAUACAAUGCGGUACUCGGGACUUCAAAGAGAAGUUUUCAAGCUAUAUCGACAAUGUCUACGAGCGGCAAGCAGGAAACCGGAGACAUCAAGGCAGCAUUUUCGAGAAGCCGCACAACGAGAGUUCCGAAGGAAUCAAGAUGUCGACAAGAAAGAUUUUUCCGCCAUUGAGGCACUCCUGCGAAUGGGCUCACGCAAACUCGAACUCUACUCGUCACCUGGUGUGAGAGACAUUCACUGA